AUGGCUGAACAAUUUUUAGAAAAGUAUCUCAAGGCUGAAAAUAAAAUAUAGGAAAUCCUUACUGCAGGCUCUUCCGAUCCUAGCAUUAAAUAAAAAAUACUCAAUUACAUCAUUGAAGGUGUAAACCAAAGAGAUAAAUAUUUAGCAGCUCUUUAAGUUUACGUUUGUGCUCUUUCCAAUUAAUUCGUAUAGACAAGUGACAUAAAACUUAAUGAAAUUGAAAAGAGACUUUUCAGUAUCAUUAAAAAAAAUAAAGAUGACCAAGAGAUAGUAGAAUAAUUGAGCAUUGUCAUUUGUAAAGCUUAUUCUCUAUUCAUAAAAGAUGAUGAAGAAAAUAUUAAUUAUAAGAAAUAAUUUCCAGUUUUCUUUUAAGAAUUUGAAGUAAUGAUUAAACAAAAGGAGUUAUUGUUGGCUGCUCUUAGCAUACUCAAGCAAGUUAUAGUAAACUGGCCUGACUUUUACACUUCAUACUAAGAUAAGAUUAUUGAAUCACUCUAAAGUGGAUUGUCUCACACUGAUAAAAAGACUUUUACUAGUGCAGUUAAGGUUGCUUUGAUGAUUAUUUAGUAAUAACCUAUCUAACAACUUAGAUAAUUCAAUCCAUUAAUAGAUCCAUUAGUACAAAAAAUUUAUAAAAAUUUAAGUGCUUUUGAUACAAUUUGUAUGCAAUAUUUUGAAGAGUGUAUAGUAUCACAAUCUAUUUUGUUUAGGAAGCAUUACAAUUUUAUCUUAGAAUAAUUGAAUAAAUAAUUGAAUGAUUCCUCUAUUGAUCACAAAAUCUUUUAAUCUGCUAUUAAAAGCUGGCUUUUGCUAUUCGAUAAAUAAAAAAGCUUCAUAAUUUAAUAACACACUAGCAGCUCUAUCAAAAACAUUUAUAGUCUUAUCUUUAGCUAUUUGGCUACUGAUAAUAUAAACGAGGAAUUGUUUAGCCAAGCUUAAGAAAAGAAGAAAUCUUCAAUCAAACUGAUAUCUUUAGUAAAUAAUCCUAUUUUUGCUAAAACACAAUUUGCUCUUAAACAACUCAGAGAUUUGUCAAAAAUAAUGACUUUGCAAGAAGUUAAAAACUAUUAUAUAGAAAUAUUUGUUGAAUUCUAUUAGAAAUCAGUUCCUAGCUUUACUUAUGCUGCAUUUAUUGGAUUUUCUACAAUAGGUGAGUAUAAGAUUACUGUCUAAGAUUUGGUUGAAUUUUCUUAGUUAGCUGUUAAAAAAAUUAAAAAAGGUACAAUAGUUGAAAAAUUUGCAGUAUUAAAUAGCAUUUCAUUUAUGUGUGACUUUUUAGGAGCUAAAUUUACAAACAAGUUUUAAACUCUAAUUAUGAAAAAUGGCCUCAUUUUUUCGUUAUAAAAUUCAAAUAGCGAAAGAGCUCUCAUCUACUAAACUUUAACUCUAUUUAUAGGCAAUUUGAAAAAUGGUAUAGAAAUAGAAGAUCUCAAAUAGAUAUUUGAAGCAGUUAAUAAAGAUUUAAAGGAGUAAGACAAUGAGAGUGCUAAAUAUUAUAGCCUUAUCCUGAUCGAUCUUUUAAUAUAAAAAUACAACAAUGAAAUGAAAGUGUACUCAGAUGAUUUGUACAACUUAAUUAAAAAGUUAAAGAGCGAAAAUAUAGAUUUGAAUUGUUUAAAAUAUGAAGUUCAAGCAAACUUCAUUUAAAAUUAUAGUGAGAAUAAACAUUUCUAAAAUGAUGUGGAGAAUCUCGUGAAUUCAGCAAUAUAAUUAAAAAAGAUUGAAAACUUGGAAGGAGUAGAAUAAUAUAAUUAUAUUUGUAAUCAAAUAAAUAUUUUAUUUAAGAUAACUUAAGCUCUUUAGCAAAUUAAGAGUAUAAAUAAAAAAUCUGAAAUUCUUGUUAGUGCAUCACUUAUAAUGUUAGAGAAAAGCAUUGAAUAUCUUAUUUAGAAGAAAUAAAAUCAAGAAGAGGAAGAAGAAAAUCCAUCAGAUUUAGAUAAUAAUUAAGAUGAAAUAGACUUAAAUGCACCUCGCAAAAUUUUCCAAGCCUUGAAAAUAAUUUUUGAAGAAAAUGACAAAGCAUAAAACGCAGAUAAAGUAUUACAAUUGGGUUUAAAAGUACUUAGUGACUUAAAUGAUCAUCUUAACUUAAGAGACUCAGUUAUUGAUAUACUCCCUUGUUUGUUUAAAAUUUUAAAAGAAAGAAAAAGUGAAAACUUAUAAGAAGGAGUAUAUGAAAUGAUUAAGUCUUUAGUAAAUAACAUGCAAGCAGAAACUGAUCAUGGUGUAGUGCUUGAUUAACUAGAAUUAAUUUAUAAAACUUUAGAAUAAGUUGGAAAAUGCUUUGAUGCAGAAACAGUUAAAAGCAUAAUGAUCUUCCUUUUUGAAGUUUGCUAAAAUGCUGUUGAAAAUAUAGACUAAAAGACAGAUAUUUCUUCAAAAAAUACUCACAAAAAAAGCAAAGAUGAUGACGAAGAUGAAGAUGAUGAAGAGGAUGAUGAUGAAGAAGAAGAAGAUGAUGAAGAGGAUGAAAAUGAAGAAGAAAUAGAAUAAAAUAAAGAAGAACUAGAAUUAGUCUAAGCAAUAGGACCAAUUAUUGAAUUACUUUAUAAAACUCAUACAGAAGAGGCAUACCAAUGUUUUGACGAAAUUAUUUGUGAGAGAGUUUUAGGACUCUGUGAUAGCGAAGAUGAAAAUUUUAAAUUAGUAGGAUAUAACAUUAUCUCUAACUUAAUAUCUAUACUUGGAUAUGAAAAGCUUAAAGAUUAUAUUGAAGAAAUUUUUGCUUAUCUCACGGAAGGUAUUGAAGCUUAAAUGUAUUCCUUGAAGCAAACAUCUGUUUAUGGUUUGGGAUUACUUUGUCAAAUUAUGCCUUAGCAAGAUUUCAAAUAAUACAAAUUAUAUAUUUCAGAAGCUAUCAUAUCUUGUAUUUUACAUGAGCCAGAAGGAAUCAACUUAGAAGAAGAAGAAAUGGAUGAAGAAUUAGAGGAAGAAUUUACUUUGUUUAUUGACAACUCGAUAUCAGCUCUUGCAAAGUUAAUCAAAUACUAAAACUUUAAUGAUGAAUCUGGUCCUUUCAUUGAUUUACUACCAAUUAAAAUGGAUGAAGAGGAAGGAUUAAUAGCUCAUGAAAUUUUUGUAGAUUUAAUUUUGGAAAAUAAAUUUUCUGAUGAAUUUAAUAAAGAAAUUAAAGAAGCUGUAUUAAGAAUCAAGGAGAGUGAAUUUAUCAAUGACUCAAUCUUGAAAAAGUUAAAUAAAAUUUUAACUUUGAAAUAAUUUAAGUGA